AUGUCGAAAGAAUCAAAUUACGAAGAUAACGAACAUUUCGAGGUGUCUGAUAACGAUGGAUCAAUGACCAAGCAAGAUAUUCAAAAACAGAAACGAAGUUACUACAUUGGCGACGAGGAUAAAGCUAACAUGAAUGCGGAACAGUUUAAUUUGUUGUUGCAAGCUGUGCAAAAAUCAAAUGACGCUUUGCUUGAGGAGCUUCGGUUGUCGCGGACACAACAACAAAUUGAUGCGCCUUCUUCAACUACAGAAGCAGUUUCGUCAACAUUCAGGAAUCUAUCUGACUCAAUGCUGGAGUUUUGCUAUGAUCCUGAAAAUAAUGUUACAUUUGAAUCAUGGUACAAGCGUUAUAAAUCAGUUUUCGCUAUAGAAGCAGCACAUCUCACUGAGCUGCUUCUAUGGUUCGAUUGCUCACUAGAACCCCAUGAGCUUACACUCAUGCAAACGGUUGCCAAACUCUCGUCUAUUUUCGGAUAUCGCCAAUCAAAAUUUUCUCAGCGCCAAAAAUGUCUUACAAUUUCAAAACAGGAUUACGAAGACUUUGCUCUGUACGCAGCUCGCGUCAACAAACAUUGUGAAAAAUUUGACAUCGUUAAUUGCACUCCCGAUGAGUUUAAAGCACAAAUCUUUGUUAAUGGCUUGAAGAGUUCACACGAUUCGUUAAUACUUGAGAAACUCCUUGCAAGACUCGACAAUGAAUCAACACAGUUUGGUGCACUUCAGACACAGGCGCAAAAGGAUGCCUUCAUGCACUUAACACUUCAAGACCUCACUAAUGAAGCUGAACGUAUAAUCUGUCUGAAGCAAGACAAAUACACUGUUGUCCAGCCAUCUUCAAGUUCAGAAGUUUUUACAAUUCACCAUCGAUAUCAACGCAAAAAUGAAUCAUUACUAUCAAAUUCUUCAACUAAAGACGAAUCUUCGAAACCACCAACGCCAUCCAAUCAAGUUGCGGAAAAAAAAUCUCAGCCUGACACAUCAUGUGUAAAGAAAAUUGACGAAACUAACAGAACGCAGCAGCAUCGUAGGUAUGUCAGACCAAAUCUCAAUGGAUCUACAAUUAAACUCCAACUUGAUACCGGGUCGGACAUAACAAUUAUUUCCAAAUCGAACUGGACCAAACUUGGCCAGCCAAUCCUACAAACUACUAAUAAAAAAGCUGGCGAUGUUUCUGGAAAUGUAAUUCCUCUUCUUGGCAGCUUUGCUUGUGUUGUGAACCUAAAUGGAAGAGAGGAAUAUGAUGUGUGUUAUGUCACACCACUUAAGUUGAACGUGUUUGGAAUUGAUUGGAUAACGACAUUUGACUUAUGGUCAGUGCCUAUCAGUUCCUUUUGCAAAGCAAUCCAACUAACUAGUUGCGAUAAGUUAAACGAUGAAAUAAAGGCUAGAUUUCCGUCUCUCUUUUCUAAUGACCUUGGCUGCUGUACGAAGACCCAAGCGACUCUGAGGCUAAAAGAAGGAGCGCGACCCGUUUAUCGUAACGCUCGACCAGUUCCAUAUGCAGCAGCUCCCAUAGUUUCGGCAGAACUUGAACGUCUUCAACAUCUUGGAGUAAUUUCACCAAUUGAAUACUCACAGUCAGCGGCGCCAAUCGUAGUUGUAAGAAAGAAGAAUGGAAAAAUUCGUAUAUGUGCCGAUUAUUCUACAGGUCUAAAUGACGGUCUAGAGCCAAAUAAAUAUCCUCUUCCAACGCUUGACCAAAUAUUCUCCAAACUCGCUAAUAAGAAAGUCUUUAGCACAAUUGACCUAUCAGAUGCAUUUUUCCAGAUUCCAGUGGACCAAGAAUCUCAAAAACUGAUGGCUAUCAAUACUCACCUCGGCUUAUUUAAAGUACUUAGACUGCAGCAAGGUGUUAAAACAGCCCCUGGCAUUUUUCAACAGAUUGUUGACACAAUGCUUAGCGGAACCAAUACCAUUGGGUUUAUUGAUGAUAUGAUCUGUUCGGGAAUUAAUGAAGAAGACCACAAAAUUCAACUGUUUAAAACCUUAGAGCGUAUUCAGGAUUAUGGAUUCAAACUUCGCUUCGAGAAAUGUAAGUUUGGAGAAACAUCUGUCGAGUUCUGCGGACACACGGUAGAUCAAUAUGGUAUCAGACCACAUCCAGGGAAACUUCGAUCAAUCCAAGAUCUCCCACCACCAACGAAUUUGCAACAAACACGAGCAUUUUUAGGAGCUGUAAAUUAUUAUGGGAAAUUCAUUAAAAGUAUGAAAAGCCUUCGCGGUGCUUUAGAUGAACUUUUAAAAAAAGAUAAGAAGUUUGAGUGGAAACAACAUCAUAAUGAAGCAUUCAACAAUAUUAAAAAUGUUUUAGCUUCUGAUCUAUGUCUCACGCACUUCGAUUCAGCAAAGAAAAUAAUUUUAGCUACUGAUGCUUCAGAAUACGGUAUGGGUGCAGUUCUCAUACAUCAAUUUAAUGACGGAACGCUUCACCCAAUUAUGCACUACUCAGCUACAUUCAAUGCAGCAGAGCGGAAGUAUCCUCAAAUACACAAGGAAGAUCGAUCUCUCGUGUUUGGAUUAAAAAAAUGUCACUAUUACAUUUCUGGUCGUCACUUUACCAUUCAUAUCGACCACAAGCCACUUCUUGCUAUAUUCAACCCGAAAAAUGGCAUCCCCUUUGGAUAUGCCGAUAUUAUUUCUCGACUAAUCGCAAACCAUGUAAAACCUGAUGAAGAUACCGUCAUAGCAUCUAUUCAAUUAGAAGAAGACGAGGACCUCAAAAUCAAUUGUUUUACGGUAGAAACAGCCACCAAACUUCCAAUCACUUUCACUACAAUUCAAACAGCAACCAAAGCCUACCAUACUCUCAAUAAGGUCACGUUCUACAGCCAAAAUGACUGCUGGCCUCAAAAGAAAAAACAAAUCACAGAUAAUGAAGUAGCGGCCUUUUUCCAGCAUCGACAUCAUCUUACGAUCCAACAACAGAGUAUUUUCUUUGGUGAGAGAAUUGUUAUUCCCAAAAUUUACCACCAGCAAGUCCUUGAAGAUCUCCAUAAUGGACAUCCAGGUGAAUGUCGUAUGAAAUUUCUUGCUGCUACCAAAGUUUUUUGGCCAAACAUUAAUCUUGAUAUCAAACAUGUGGUCAAAACUUGUGACACAUGCGCUAUAGCCUCAAAAAGUCCAAUGAAAUGUACUCCUCAACAGUGGAAAAUUCCUUCUGCACCAUGGAAACGAAUUCAUAUUGACUAUGCUGGUCCAAUCGAUAGCAAUUACUUCCUUGUUAUCAUAGACGCUUUUAGCAAAUGA